UCCCUCUCUCUUCUAUCUCUCUCAUGAUUUGCAUUUGCAGAUUGCGGCUGUGUGAAUAACAAUCGCAAAUUCACACACACCAACGCGUGUUUCCGCAGCAGAAGGAGGAGAGGAUGAAUAAGCUCAACACAUCGAGCUCCGAAUUGGAUUUGGAUCGCCCUAACAUCGAGGACUAUCUCCCCUCCGGAUCCAUCCAAGAGCCCCAUGGCGAGCUCCGCUUGCGCGAUUUGCUCGAUAUUUCGCCAACUCUCACCGAGGCAGCUGGCGCCAUUGUCGACGAUUCUUUCACGAGAUGUUUCAAGUCGAAUCCCCCGGAACCAUGGAACUGGAAUAUAUACUUGUUUCCUUUGUGGUGCUUGGGAGUUGUUGUCAGAUAUAUGAUUCUGUUCCCAUUAAGGGUAAUGGUGUUGACGCUAGGAUGGAUUGUAUUCCUCUCUUGCUAUUUUCCUGUGCAUUUCCUGUUAACAGGGCAGGAGAAGUUGAGAAAAAGAUUAGAGAGAGGUCUUGUGGAGCUGAUUUGCAGUUUCUUUGUGGCAUCAUGGACUGGAGUUGUCAAGUACCAUGGUCCACGUCCUAGUAUGCGGCCUAAGCAGGUUUUUGUUGCUAACCACACAUCCAUGAUUGACUUCAUUGUUUUGGAACAAAUGACUGCAUUUGCAGUGAUUAUGCAGAAGCAUCCUGGGUGGGUCGGACUAUUGCAGAGCACUAUUCUGGAAAGUCUAGGAUGUAUCUGGUUUAACCGCUCAGAGGCCAAGGAUCGUGAAAUUGUUGCAAGAAAGCUAAGAGAACAUGUUCAUGGUGCUGAUAAUAAUCCUCUUCUUAUAUUCCCAGAAGGAACUUGUGUUAAUAAUCACUACACUGUGAUGUUUAAGAAGGGCGCAUUUGAACUUGGCUGCACUGUAUGUCCAAUCGCAGUCAAGUAUAACAAGAUUUUUGUGGAUGCCUUCUGGAACAGCCGGAAACAGUCCUUCACAACACACUUGUUACAGCUUAUGACUUCCUGGGCUGUUGUUUGUGAUGUAUGGUACCUGGAGCCUCAAAACCUGAAACCAGGGGAAACAGCAAUUGAAUUUGCCGAAAGGGUGAGGGACAUUAUUUCUGUUCGAGCAGGCCUUAAAAAGGUGCCCUGGGAUGGAUAUUUGAAAUAUUCCCGCCCAAGCCCCAAGCAUCGUGAGCAAAAGCAGCAAAGCUUCGCUGAAUCCAUUCUCCGUCGCCUGGAGGAGAAAUGAAUUGCAAAAUUAUGAUUGUGUUGUUUAUUUAUUGUCUUAUUUGGACGCAGGUUGUCAACUGUUUCAAAAAUAAUUUCUUGCUGUAAUGGUCAUGAACUGAAAUAGUGAAAUCUUUUGAUUAUUUAUAGGAUGUUGAAUACAAAGUUAAAUCAGAGGGUAAAAAACGUUGCAAUGGUA